UGCGGGCGGCGGCGGCUGGCGGCCCAGGCCGGGCCCGAGGCGCUGGCCGGGCGGGAGUACCUGCAGCGGAGCGUGGUGCCCACCCUGCACUUCCAGCCGAGCCUGCCCAGGUACUGAGAAUACAAAGACAGACAGAGUCCCUGCCCUCAAGGAGCUUAUCUUCUGUGGAGAGGAUAUGCUAUGUCAAGAUAGGUGUCCAAGCUAGGGAGUGAAGGAGGCAGAGGACAGAUCAAAGGGCCUCAGGAAUAUCAGGAGAGAAGGAACUGCAUCGCCCGUCAGGAAAUGCUAUACAAAGGAAGUGAGAGCCGAGCUGAGCCUUGGAAGAAGAUAGUCCUCUGUGAGGCAAAGAAGAGGGGCCCCCCAUGCCAGGCUGUGUGAUAUCCCAGGGACAAUAGGGAGCCUCCAAAAUAGAGUCGUGCAGGAAGGAUUAGGAGAGAGGCUGGAAGCAGGGGCUGAUUCCAACUAGGAGGAUAACUGCAGGCUGCCUAUUCCUAAACUUGAAGACACAAUGAAGAGAUACCUCAGUGCCCAGAGACCUCUUCUGGAUGACAGCCAGUACAGGAGAACAGAGCAGCUCUGCAGAACCUUUGAAAACGGACUUGGCAAAGAACUGCACGCACAGCUGGUUGCUCAGGACAAGCAGAAUAAGCACACGAGUUACAUUUCAGGUCCCUGGUUUGACAUGUACCUGUCUGCUCGAGACUCCAUUGUUCUGAAUUUUAAUCCAUUCAUGUCUUUCAAUCCUGACCCAAAACCUGAUUAUAAUGACCAGCUCACUCGAGCAACUAACUUAACCAUGUCAGCCAUGCGGUUUAUGAAGACUCUUCGGGCUGGCCUCCUGGAGCCGGAGGUGUUUCACCUCAACCCUGCCAAAAGCGACACCGACACCUUCAGGAGAGUUAUUCGCCUUGUACCUUCAGCCCUGGCCUGGUACGGGGCUUACAUGGUCAAUGCCUACCCCUUGGAUAUGUCACAGUAUUUUAGACUUUUCAAUUCAACUCGGCUGCCCAAGCCUGGUCGAGAUGAACUUUUUACCAAUGAAAAGGAGAAGCACCUCCUGGUGCUGAAGAACGGAAAUUUUUAUGUCUUCGAUGUCCUGGAUCGAGAUGGGAACAUACUCAAAGCAGCGGACGUCCAUGCACACCUGAAGUACAUUCUCUCUGACAAUAGCCCCACUCCCGAGUUUCCUCUGGCAUAUCUGACCACUGAAAACCGAGACACCUGGGCAGGGCUGAGGCAGGAGCUGCUGAGUAAUGGCAACAAGGAAGCUCUGGGGAAAGUGGACUCGGCUAUGUUCUGUCUGUGUCUGGAUGAUUUCUCCAUCACAGACCUGGUUCACUUGUCCCACACCAUGCUGCACGGAGAUGGUGUAAACCGAUGGUUUGACAAAUCCUUCAACCUCAUAGUAGCCAAAAAUGGGGAUGCCGCCAUCAACUUUGAGCACUCUUGGGGCGAUGGCGUUGCUGUGCUUAGAUUCUUCAAUGAAGUGUUUAAAGACAGCACGCAGACCCCUGCCAUCACGCCCCAGGCUCAGCCUGCACUUGUGGACUCGUCGAGGGCUGUGCAGAAGCUCGAUUUUAGACUGAAUGAGACUUUAAAAGCCGGAAUCACCAGAGCCAAAGAGAAGUUUGACUCCACCAUGCAGACCCUCACUAUCGACAGCAUCCAGUUUCAGAGAGGAGGCAAAGAGUUCUUGAAGAGACACAAGCUCAGCCCCGAUGCGGUGGCUCAGCUCUCCUUCCAGAUGGCCUUCCUCCGGCAGUACGGGCAGACGGUGGCUACCUACGAGUCCUGCAGCACGGCGGCAUUCAAACACGGCCGCACUGAGACCAUCCGUCCGGCUUCCGUGUUCACCAAGAAGUGUUCCGAGGCAUUUGUCAGAGAGCCUUCCCAGAACACUGCAGACCAGCUGAAGGAGAUGGUCACCCAGUGCUCCAAGUACCACAGCCAGCUAACAAAGGAGGCGGCGAUGGGCCAGGGAUUUGACAGACAUUUGUUUGCCUUGAGAUACUUGGCAGCAGCUGAAGGCCACAAACUGCCUGAGUUAUACCAGGACCCAGCGUAUGGGCAGAUCAAUCACAAUAUCCUGUCCACCAGCACCCUGACCAGCCCUGCUGUGAACAUCGGGGGCUUUGCCCCCGUCGUCCCCGACGGCUUCGGUGUCGGCUACGGGGUCCACGAUGACUGGAUUGGCUGCAAUGUCUCCUCCUACUCGGCCCGAGAUGUCAGGGAGUUCCUCCGGUGUGUGAAUAAGGCCUUGGGAGAUAUUUUUGAUGUGCUGGAAGGUAAACCUGUCAGAAGUUAGCGGGGAGGUCAGGGCUCUCUGAGCUCCUAGCUCCUCUCUAGUGAUAACUGCGAGCAGGAGGUGGCUGGGGAGGGGGUGUCCCGUGAGCAUUAGAAUCAUGAAAUGUCCGAGUCACUAAGAUGGUCGUAUUUUCACUUUGCAAUCAUGAAUCUGACAAAAUUAACGGGUUAUUUAAAGUAGGAUGGAUUGACAAGUUAGAUAGCGAAUCAUGACUUCUGGAAGCUUCUUUGGGGCUGGGAUUUGAGCUGGAUGGAGGGGACACAUUCAGGGUCUCUCCCUGAGGAGGAGGCUGCUGGUUCCUGCCUACUUAUCAUGGCACGGGUCACGUUAGUUUCCCUUCUGGAAACUGGCUCAGUCUCCUUUGGGGUCUGUGUCAGGGGUGACCUGCUGGUUUCUGGGCACUGACUCUCCUGCAAUAAACACUCUCCUCAUGAAA